AUGAGUGUGAACGCUAGUUCAAAAGUAUUUAUUAUACUGAGCGGAAACACUUUUGGUGUUGAAGCAGCGCAAGCUAUAGCAGGAGCACUUAAAAAAAAAAAUACAAUUAAGAUCGUUAAUGCUUCAGAUAUAUUUACAAGUAGACUUCGGGAAGAAAUUCCAAGUGCCGUUAAAGCAAUUUGUGACGCGCUUGAAGAUAAAGAACAGCUUGAAGAACUUAAUUUUAGCGAUAAUGCGUUUGGUCCCGCGGGUGCUGAGCCAAUGGUUGAUUUUCUUACUAAAAAUCGAAGGUUGCGGGUUUUGAAACUUAAUAAUAAUGGGCUUGGAGUACGUGGUGGGAUUCUAAUUGGUAAGGCACUACUCGCUGCGGCUGACAAAAAUGUCUCGGAAGGGCGCACGUCAUCUCUAAGAACAAUAAUUGCUGGUCGUAACCGAUUAGAAGAUGGUUCUAGCCAGGCCCUUGCUAAUGCAAUUGCCGCUCACGGAACAUUGACCGAAGUUCGUAUACCUCAGAAUGGUAUCCGUCCCGACGGGAUUAUUACCUUGUCAAAAGGGUUGGCAGUAUGUAAAGAUCUAGAAAUUCUUGAUCUUCAAGACAAUACAUUUACAGAGAAGGGUUCUGUGAAUUUUGCCAAAGCACUCGUCGAAUGGCCAAACUUGAAGGUUUUAAAUGUUGGAGAUUGCUUGUUGUCAACAAAAGGAGGAAUAACUUUUGCGGAAGCUCUUUCAUUAGGUCACAACAAAAAACUUGAAAAACUCAACCUUCAAUAUAAUGAAUUAGAUAGAGAAGCUGUGGAAAUAUUGGCGACAACUAUUUCUAAUCAUCUUAAAAAUCUAAAUUCAUUGGAAUUGAAUGGCAACAAGGUCAACCCGAAAGAUAUCUCUAUUAGAAAUGUAAUAUCUGCCUUGGAGGAAAAUGGUAACGCGGACGCAUUAGGCGAGUUAGACGAUAUGGAAAUCUCCGAUGAAGAGGAGGAGGAAGAACUUGAUGAAGAAGAGACGGAACCUUCUGUCAAAGGAUUGGAAGACAGAAAAGUCCUUAUAGAGUCGAAAGUUGAGUCACGAAUAGAAAUACAAACCCCUGAAAAACAUUUAAUCGAAGUGAAGUCUGUACAAGAAAGUGAGACGCGGGAAAUUCAUAAAGAUCAAGAAACUCCAUCGGCAAAUAGCGAACGUCAAGUAAAAGAACUCACUGAGCGUAUUUCAAAGGAUAAAGUGACGGAAAGCAGUAUCAAUGCAGAACAGAAAGUGGUUAAACCUUUAACACCUGCUAAAUUAGAAGAGUUUAAAAAAGCUCAAGACAAUACAGGAAUUAUUUAUUUAUCAUGUGUUCCACCAUUUAUGAAGCCCUCCAAAAUAAAACAUUUAUUAGGACAAUAUGGAAAUAUUGGGAGAGUUUACCUUGCACCCGAGGAUCCUAAAGCGAGAUCAAGAAGAAAAAAAUAUGGUGGUAAUAAAAAGAAGAAAUAUACCGAAGGAUGGGUUGAAUUUUUAGAUAAAAAGGUUGCUAAAUUAAUCGCGAAAACUUUGAAUGCUCAACCAAUAGGUGGAAAUAAACGGAAUUAUUAUCAUGAUGAUUUAUGGAAUAUUAAAUACCUCGCAAAAUUUAAAUGGAAUAAUUUAACAGAACAAAUUGCUUAUGAGAAGGCUGCGAGAACACAAAGAUUACAAGCUGAAAUAUCACAAGCUCGAAGAGAAAAUAAAGAAUAUGUAAAGAAAGUAGAGAAAGCGAAAAUGAUUCAGAGCAUGGAAGAAAAGAAAGAAAAGAAACGUAAAGCUGCUGAAGUUGAAAUGGCUAAUUUGGAAACUUUUACAGAAGCAGAUGUAGGUGGUCAUAGAAAAGAAGAGAAAGGUUGA